AAAAUCAAUGCAACAUUUACCAUGUGAAGGUAAUAAAUGCGAAUCAAUCGCAUUUCAAAAUAGCUCACUCGCGUUAGAAAUACUUAGAGUCCUGCAAUCUCUACGAAAAGAUGAAUUGUUAUGUGAUCUAAAGAUGGAAACAGAUGACGGUAGAAUUGUUUAUGGACACAAAGUAGUUUUAGCAUCAGCCAGUCCAUAUUUCAUGGCUAUGUUCACUAACUUUAGCGAAAAGAAUAAAGAACACAUUUAUAUGAGAUCUGUAGAUUAUACCUCUUUGGAACUCAUAAUAAAUUAUUUUUACACCGGAAAAAUAAUUGUCAAUGAAGAAAAUGCAUUGGUAUGAUACAUUAUAUAUUAUAUUUGAUUUCUUAUAUAUUUUUAUAAAAUUAAUUUAAAUUUAUUGUUGUUGAUUUCUCAAGGUUUUGUUAGUAACUGCAAAUUUCUUGUCAAUAGACUAUAUAAAAGAUAUAUGUAGUGAAUUUUUGGUAACGCAAUUGAAUCCGUCCAAUUGUAUUGAAACGAAACGAUUUGCUGACCUAUACAACUUUAGUGAAUUGAAAGCAUGUUCUAAGGCAUAUAUUAAAACACAGUUUCCAGAAGUGGUUAAAUAUGAUGAUUUUUUCCGUUUAUCCCAUGAAGAAUUAAUUGAAAUAAUUUCCAGUAAUGACCUUAAUGCUCCAUUGGAACAAAAUGUAUUUCAAAGUGUUAUAAAUUGGGUACAACAUGAUUUGGAUACUAGAAAACAAUAUUUCAAAAAUGCAAUGGCCCAUGUAAGAUUGCCAUUAAUACAGACAGAAUAUCUUUUAAAUAAUGUAGUUGGACAUCCUCUUUUUGAAAUAAGUCCUGAAUGUAAAAAUUAUGUAAAUUAUGCUUUACGUUUCAAUCUUAACAAGACUAUCCAAAAAAUCAUCCUACCACAUAAAAUUUGUUGUACACGUAGGUCUGGCAACUUAGACAAAAUUAUUCUUAUGCUACGUUGGGAUGAAAAAAAUACUUAUAUAAACUGGUAUGACCCAUCUACCAACCAUUGGAACAUCACGUCAAAAAUCAGUGAAAACCAUGGAACUGGUAGUGCCUUGUUAAUAAAAGAUCAAUUUGUUGUCAUAGUACAACCUUAUGGCAGAACAAGUGAAAUUAUUGAUUUAUAUUCACCAGAACCUUGUUGGAUACCAAUACCUCGCAUGAAAAUUAAUCGACGUAAUUUUGGAGUUGGCUUAAUAAAUCACUGUGUAUAUAUCGUUGGCGGACAUGAUAGUGAUUCUAAUUCUAUAGUUAAUGGUGUGAUGGCUUUCGAUAUCAGUGUUCAAAAUUGGCAAAGGGUUGCUAGUAUGUCCAGUAAGAGAAGUUAUCCUGGUGUCUGUGUACUCAAUAAUAUCUUAUACGCGGUAGGAGGUUAUGUUUAUUCAUCAGAGAUCAUAUAUUUGAAAUCUGUCGAAUGUUAUGAUCCCAGUCUUGGCACAUGGAAACAUGUUGCAGAAAUGUCCAAAGGUCGCUGUGAUGUUAGUAUAGGAGUUAUAGACGGUAUUAUAUAUGCUAUUGGUGGAUAUAAUGAAUUAGGAUAUUGUAAGUCUGUAGAGGCCUAUAGACCAAGUGAUGGCUUUUGGACUCGUAUGGCUGAUUUACAUAUGGAACGAAUGAAUCCUGAAGUAGUCACAUUGCAUGGUUUAAUAUAUGUUAUGGCUGGAAGACCAUUUAAAACACAUAACGAUUCUGUAGAAAUCUACAACCCCAAGACCAACACAUGGAAACUAAUGGAGUCCUGUAUAAAGGGUAAAAGUGUCUUUAGUAGUGCAGUAGUAAUUGAUAGGCCACCACAUUUUUAAACGAACGAACAAUUUUUAACCUAAAUUGGUAUUUAUAAUACAAUUUUAUUAUGUAUAUAGCUUAUGAUAAUAUGUUUUUUGUUGUUCUAUGCAUUUUUAAGUUGGAGGUUGAACUGUAGGUAUUUAUCAUUUGUGUAAAUCUAUAGGUAAAAAUGUCUGCGAUAAAAUUAUCCAAAAUCAAAAAUGUCCAUUGUAAACUCUGCUUGCCAAAGUUGUUUAAAUAAAAAAUACGAUAAAUAUACAGAUUAAAUAGAUAAUUAUUAUAUACAUACCUAACUAAAAAUGUAUGAAUCAUAAUUUAAAAAAUCGAUAACUUAUAUUCGUAAAUGAUGAUAAAAAAUAGAUACCUAACAUAUUUUGGUACUGGUUUGUUAUAGCUCCGCCACAACAAAAAUAAAGAACGAAACUAAAUACCACAAUAAUUUAUCGAUAAUUAUAAUAUCAGCUGUCGAAUAGGUACCAUAGUGGAAGUGCUUAAAAUAAUUUUAUUGAUAUUAAUGCCAAGCCAGUCCUGUUUGACACCUAUACAUUUUUAUAUCUAUAUGGAUAAAGUAUGUUUAACCACUAAAUUAUCACACUUAUUAUUUAUAAAUAGUACAUUCCACCUGUAAGUGGAUUAUGAUUAUCCAUUCAAUUUGGCAUACAGGAUGGUUUAUUUAAUCCACUAAAAUCAAUUCAAAGAUUGUAAACUAAUAUAGGAAAGUAUAUUGUCUUUAAAUAGGUUUUUUUUUUAAUGUAUGAUUUAUUUGAAAAAUGAAUUCACAUAAUCAAGCAUAAUAUGGACUUCAAUGUUAAUUAUAAAAAAAUAUCAAUUAUGAAAUGCAGUACAUAUAAUACUAUAGGCAGCAUAAAUCAUUAAGCAUUGGUGGUCAGUAUAAUAUAAUAUAUUGUAUUUUAUUUACUAUAUAUGUUUGUGUACCUACAAUGCACCUAUUUGAAUAAUAUAAAUCCAAAAACAUAAUUGUGUUUACAUUAAGCAAUAUACAAUUGUAAAAAUAGCAUAGCUUAUUAAAUGUAGAUUGUAAUAUCCAGUUUUUGUAAAAAAUUUGUCAAUUUGUUUUGUUCAUGAAAACUAUUUAUUAAUUUGAUGUA